GAAAACUACUACAUCCCUCCGAUUAUUCUGAACAAAAAGACAGAUCGUAUCCCAAGCACUAGACGAACGCGUGCCACCUUUGUGUGUGUCGAUGGAAAGCAGCGUCUGUGUUCUGUGAGAGCUUUUGCGAAAGGAAUGAUUCCUUGUCAUGAUCACCAGGGAGAGAAAUGGUAAGUUUCUUAAGAUCUGUCACUACUUAGACAUACUUACCAAUAUUGCAAGGUGGUUUUGCGAGGCUCCAGGUACUAAGCGCAAACGCUUACUCCCGCUAGAGACCCAGAAGCUCUUUCUAGAAAAAGACUUUGUUACCUUCCAGUUCUCAGAGUUGACCCAGGAGCAAGAGGAGGAUCUAUUUGCCAGAGUUCAGAUGGGUGUCCAACUUAGUGCCGCCGAGAAAAUACAAGCAAAAUCGGGGCCAUGGCAGGAACUAGCCAAGCUCUUUGUACAAGACUUCCCCGCCAUCUACGACUUGAUGAAAGACCGGAGUCGCGCGAAGGAUUUCCAGAUCACCAUGGCCUGUUUUAGUCAGAUUAUUGAAGUCAGAAACUCACGUACAACAAACGGAAGCGAAAUUCCAGUCUUCAAAGCAGCCUACAAUGCAGUCCCUAAACUGCUAGAUAAUGCGGAAGCGGCCAAUGAUGCUACGAAAUCUCACCUUGCAGCCGUCUGGAAAACUUUUAGCGAACUUGCAGAACUGGAUCCUGAUAUCUUCACUAACGCGAAUAAAUAUCUGCACAGUGUUCAAACUUUUGCAUCUGUAGAAAUGAUUGGUGUAGCUGUCCUGAUUUCCGUGUACUUGGAAAUGGGUCACGGAGUUCUUUUAAGGGAUAUCAGAAUAUUCCGGGAAAUGCUUCGCGAGUCCUUCUCAGAUCUCCGCCUUAAUCACCAGGUCUGGAAAUUCAUGUGGGAAAUCAUUGACGGCUUGCAAGCGAUUCGCGGGGGUGUUG